AUGGCUUCCCUACAACGCUCGCCUUUCAUCGAUGCCAUCUCAAAGCAUGAUGCGGAGAGUACGGCGGUAGUACAUUCGCUUUCGGGGAGGUCGUUCAGAUAUGGGUCUUUGUUACAAGAUGUGGCUCUGGCCAAGGAUAGAUUGCUGAGGAAGACUGGCAAGGAUGAGAGUAGUAUUGUGGGCGAGAGGAUAGCGUUCUUGGUGGAGAAUGGCUAUGAUUAUGUAGCUAGCGAGCUGAGGUAUAUUCUCAACCAUAGCGAAGCCUUGGCGCUCCUCUCCUCCUCCAAGUUCGCCAAGCUCGCAGACGAGGUAGUAGCAGAUGGACUGGACAACCCACCCGUCAACAUAUCCGUGGACAAAAUCACCAAAGGUGCCGAGGACACUGAAGCUGUGCAAUUGACUGGCGAGUCUUAUUUGGCAGAAGGCGGCAUGAUGCUCUACACUUCCGGCACUACCGCCCGCCCCAAAGGCGUCCUCCUUCCCACGGCUGUCCUAGCAGCUCAGGCCCAAAGUCUCCUCCAAGCAUGGGAGUACACUCCAGCCGAGCACCUCCUGCACGUCCUCCCCCUCCACCAUAUCCACGGCACAGUCAACGCCAUGCUCACCCCCCUCCUGGCGGGAAGCACCAUAGAAUUCCUCUUCCCCUUCAACGUCGACGCCGUCUGGAAACGCUUCGCCGCGCCCUUCAUGACGAGUAUACAAAACGGCCAUACUCCCGAGGGCCUAGGCGAGGGUGAAGCAGUGAAAAAACCCAUCACCUUCUUCACCGUCGUCCCGACAGUCUGGGCCCGAAUGCUGCAGACGCACUCCGCACUCCCACCAGAAAUACUCCACGCGAGCAAAGAAGCCAUUAAACGCCCGCAUCUCCGCCUCAAUAUCUCUGGCUCGGCCGCUUUACCCACCCCGACGAAGAAAGCCUGGUCGGAGAUCUCGGCUGAUAAUGUUUUAUUAGAACGUUUCGGGAUGACGGAAGUCGGCAUGGCGUUAUCCUGCGGUUUGGCGGACGAGGAUAGGAUUGAUGGGUCCGUGGGCUGGCCUUUACCGAGUGUGGAGGCGCGGUUGGUGGAUACGGAUACGGGGCUUGUUAUUGCGGACGGCGAGGAUAUGACAGCAGACGGGAAAGAACGGCAGGGGGAGAUUCAAUUGAGGGGUCCGACGAUUUUCAAAGGGUACUGGCGGAACCCGGAGGCGACGAAGAAGGAAUUUACGCAGGAUGGAUGGUUCAAAACGGGGGAUAUCGCUGUAAGACGUCUUGUCCAUGGUGCUGGAAAGGGGAAGAGUGGGGAGUGGGCCAAGGGACCUGCGUGGUUCAUUCUUGGGAGACAGAGCGCUGAUAUCAUUAAGACGGGAGGGGAGAAAGUGAGUGCGCUGGAAAUCGAACGCGAACUCCUCUCCUUGCCUGAGAUUAGGGAAUGUGCCGUCGUGGCCCUCCCGUCCGAAGCCUGGGGCCAAAAAGUCGCGGCCGUCGUCGUCCUUUCCGCUCGCGGGAAAACGGCGGGGAAGAAUGGGAAGGAGUGGGGCGCGAUGGAUAUGAGGCGUGCGCUUAAGGAUAAGUUGGUGGCGUAUAAGAUCCCGCAAGACUUGAAGGUCGUGGAGGGGAUCCCGAGGAAUGCGAUGGGGAAGGUUAAUAAGAAGGAGCUUGUGCCGAGGGUUUUUGGGGAUCAGGACAGGAUUCGACGGAGGAGUGUUGAUGUGGCGGAGGAGAGGGCGAGGGGGAAGAAGGAGGGGCAGGGUGGAAAGUGA